GGAGGCGGGGGCUUUGAUAAGCGGCUCUGGGCUGCGGCUGGAGCCCCACCGCCUCCAAUGUUCAACCUACAGAACGCCCUGCUGCGCUGGGCCGCCUUCCUGGCGCCACCGGCCCUCCGGGAGUCCCUGGCGCCAGCCCCGGGCGACUGGCUCUUUACACCGGCUCGCAGGCCCAGCCCCCACGGGCUGGCUCACGUCCAGCCCCCAGUCCCGCCCUGCGCUCCUCCUCCGGCCCAGGCUCGGCCUCGGGGCGCGGGCCAGGCUACUGCUCGCAGCCCCGGCCCGUCCUCGGUGCCGGAGUGGGCAGGUGGGCGGCUGAUGGAGGGGACGGCGACCGGGAACGCGCUCCCUUCCUCCGGGGAGGCCCUGCCGCCUUCGCCGCUCGUCCGGAUCCAGGUAGCGGCGGCCGAGGAGGAGCCCGCGGCCCAGCCGCCCGCCGGCAGCGGCACCGACGAGGAGGCGAGUCCGGGGCCGAAAAAAAUAAGUGAAGCCAAAGAAGAGGUGGGAAGUGAGUGGAGACCACCUGACCCUGAGCUGCUGCAGAAACUUGUUGCUCAGAUUGAAUAUUAUCUCUCCGAUGACUAUCUGGAAAAUGAUGCGUUUCUACUGAAGCACGUGAGAAGAAAUAAGAUGGGCUAUGUCAGUGUUAAACUACUGACCUCUUUCAAAAAGUCCCUGGCAUCACUUCCACAUCCGAGGGAAGCUUCUGGUCGAUGCUCAUGCCCAUUCCUGCCUUUGCUUCCUUCGGUAACCUGGGAUGCAUCCAAUCUAGACCAGGUGAAACACCUAACUCAUGACUGGCAAACAACUGCCUUUGCUCUAAAGUACUCAGAGCUUUUGGAACUAAAUGAAGAGGGGCGAAAAGUGAGAAGGAAGACAGCAGUUCCAGUUUUCCCCAGUGAACAUCUUCCGAGUCGGAUGCUGCUGGUAUAUGAUAUGCAUUUGUGUCCAGAAUUUCAAGUUUUAAAUCAUAAUCUAGAAUAUGAAAACGCUGGUUUGCAAGAGAAUAUAAUGGAGUAUGUGUUGAAGGCAUUUGGUGUGUUUGGUCCAGUCAUCUCUGUUCGUGUUCUGAAGCCAGGGAAAGAGCUUCCUGCAGAUGUGAAAAGACUGAGCAAUCGCUACUCACAGCUGGGAACAAAAGACUGUGUCAUUGUCGAGUUUGAAGAUGUUGAAUCGGCAAUCAAGGCGCAUGAAUCACUAGGGAAAACCGAUGAAAAGGGAAUGAAGGUGGUGCUAAUAGGAAUGAAACCACCAAAGAAGAAAGUUGUCAGAGAGAAGAACAAAGAAGCUGAAGAUGUUGGCAAGAACGAGGUGAAGAACAAGUCUGCCAAUAAGCGAGUGGAAGAGUUGCAGUACACAUGUGAAGAUUCCUCAGCAUGCAGCUCUUCAGAACCAGAGAGCAACCCAGCAUCUCCUAUGCUUAGCCGCAAGCCUAAACUCAAUAAUCAGCUGAGCCCCAACACCUAUAAAAACAAUCACCUGAGUCCUAACACUUCUCCCCGAGCUAGUCCGUGGAACAGCCCACGUUCCAGCCCAUCAAUGCAACGGAAAGACACGGCUCUGCAGAAAUCCCCACUCACCGCAGAUGCUAAGCUUUGUGCUGCUGCAAAUACUGAGGUUGGAAAUAAGUGGACUGACUAUUCAUCUGACAGCAGCACCACGCCAUCGGGCAGCCCCUGGGUACAAAGACGAAAGCAAGCACAGGGAAUAUCACAUGAGAAUACGCCAGUUGGCAGCCCCAUGCUUUCAAGAAAAAUGCAUAGUGCAGGUGGGCUGCCUGCAGGAGUGGUACGACUGCCCCGAGGCCCAGAUGGUACAAAAGGAUUCCAAACUCUUGUAGAGAGGAGUAAGCCACUUGUAAUCUGAGUUUCUUUACUUUUGUAACCUUCCCUAGUUAUCCUUUUGGAAUUAUGCUGGACUUUGUGGUAAAUUGAAAUUAUUUCAGUUAAACCAGAUACAAUGUGAUUUAAAGGUAUCCAUUUUACUAUGCGUUCCAUUGGUAUUUCAUGUAACUGCAGGAGUAAACUGCAUUUUUUUAAUUUCAAGUUUUUGGGUGAAAUAUCCUACCCUUUUUUUUUAUUUUAGAGCUAUUGUUUACAAGUGGGCAGUAUCUUAACCCAACAUUGACAUUUUCACUAACCUGACAAUGCUAUGAAAGUACAGUUGGUUGUCAGGGGACCUGGAGUUGAUUAGGUUGUGACUAAAGGUACAGAAAGGGAUGUUGUUGUCCAGAGUGCUGAGCUGGUAUUCACACUUGGACGAAAAGAUGGUGUAUAUUGCUGUGAUGUGAAUAAAUGCAGAUUAAGCAUUCUUGUACUGUUU